AUGUCUAAGAAAGUGGAUAAAGCCUUUAAAACGCAUGGAAAUUUGAAAAUAGUAGAGUUUUAUGGAAUGAAGCUGAAAGAGUUAUGUUCUGUAUAUAAAGCUUUUCGUCAUAGUAAUUAUAAAUGCGAAUAUCCUUUUCAGUCAUCUGGAAAAAGUAGUAGUUGUGAUGAUAAGUCUAAUGAAUUUCUAGAUGUUGGGCAGUCUAUUAACAACAGCGUUGCUGGUAAUAAAUAUGGAUCGGAAAACUCGUUUGGCAAAUCUGGAAAUAUGGAAACUAAGUUGCAUGUGGAUUACGAGGGUGGUCAUAAGGAAAAGUGUAUAGUAGAGGGUAUUCCUUCUUUUAAUUUAGGAAUUGAUGAUGAUAUGCAUACUCCUCCAAAAGUGAGUCUAGGUGUUGUUGUUAAUAAAUAUGAAUCGGCAAAUUUGAUUGGGAAAUAUGGAUUUAUUGAAAAUAAGUUGCCUCUGGAUUGCGAGGAUGGUCAUAAGGAAAAGUGUGUAGUUGAGAGUAUUCCUUCUUUUAAUUUAGGAAUUGAGGAUGAUAUAUAUACUCCUCCGAAAGUUAAUCGAGUCAAAGGGAAGGAACCAAAGUCUUGCGAUGAAAGUGGAAAAGUUAAAAUUCUUGAGAAAGAUAUGAUUUCAUCGAGACCAAAGAGAAGUCAAACGUUACCUCCAGUGCUUAGGUCUCCAUUUGUUGUACGAGCUGUUGAGAUUGAUAGUAAUUUGACGAAGGAGGAGAAUAUCAAGUCUAAUUGGCUAUUCAGUUUAUGUGGGAAUCCAAUGGAUGAUCUUUUUCAUAGCAUAAAUGGUCAACGUGGUGAAAGAUACAUGUUUGAGAGCUUAUAUCCAGGAGAAUUUCUUUUUUCUGGGACUAUUGAUUGUUUUGUUGAAGAUCCUGCAUACAUGCAUAGUGAAGCAUGUAAAUAUGAUGAUGUGUACGAGAAUUUUAAAGAAAAUGUUUUUCAUUGUUUGGGAGAGUCUAAGGAACGAAGAAAUUUAAAAGGAAUUGAUUUGGUGUUCUUUGCAUGUGCAAACAGUCACUAUUUUGUGUUUGUUUUUGAUUUUAAAAACCGCAAAGCUGUCAUAUUGGACAACAUUUUGUAUAGAUCUUCUGAAAAACCAUACCCACAUCUAACUCAAAAUCUGAAAUAUAUGUUUGGUAGAUAUCUUCAAGACAUAAAACAUUUUAUGGCUUUUUCAGUUAUGUAUGAAAUGGAUUUUGUUGAUCAAUAUAUGACGUGGAAAACAAGAGCUCAUUAG